AUGUACCAAACCUUUCAAGUAUCACGAGGAAUGAACGAUGAAAACGACUUGGCUUUCCGGCUAUGCAUCGAAGAAAGAAUGCCCUCAUCUCGCAGAUUGCAAGUCGCUUUGGAUGAAAUAGUGGGUCUAAGCCGUUCGGAUGCUCUAAAGUGCUUCAAAACAUCGUGCCGGGCGCCGCUUAGCCUCUCUGAAAUUGGGGGAGAAUGGGACGGCAUCCUUCUCGACAACAACGGCAUCAUAAUGCCAUCAUCCCUGGUUCCAAAUGUCACAUCGGUUGGCUUACGUUACAGUGACUACCAGAAUUUUUUGUCUCCGUGGUAUUCGAUGCGAGACGAAGUUAGACUCCUUGAGCUCCCAUCGCCUGUUGAAUUCGAAAUUAUGAUCGGCUUUGGAUGCAUGAAGUGGUCAGGCGGCUUUCUGAACGGAGCCCCUUUCUGUUUGUACCGAGAGAAGGAAAUAGUGCCCCAGCUGCCAAAAUAA